AUGCGCUCUCACGCACCGCUAUCAUCAACCAAUGACCAUUUGUUUGGGGACUACCUCGCCUCAAGUAAUCAUCAGGAGGGUAUCUGCAUUGGAGCUGCUCCACAGAACUCGAACCUAGAUCAGUCAAUGAUUGGAGACAAUUAUUUAACAACUAUUGCAAAAGAAAGCUCUAUGCUGUUGUCUGAGGAAUCAAAACUUAAAGUUUUGUAUGAUGCAGUCUGGAAGUAUGGCUCGGAUGCUUGGGGUCAUAACGCUCAGACCGCUGAAGCCCCCCUGAAUCAGAGUGCAUAUAGUAGCGGUCAGCAGUAUUACUUCGAUAGCCUUCCAACGUCAAGCGAAUUCGGUGACUCGAAAGAAAAAUCCGACUAUUACUUAGGAUUCAUUGAUCCUUCGCUCUUAUCAGACCCGUCAUCGUCCCCAGUGUUCGCUGGAGAAUUCGAUGCUGGAGAAUCUGAUACUGGUAUUAAGGAUACUGCCCGUGGUGCGAUCGGGAGUUAUGAUGUUCUUCAGAAAAACUCCAAAUUUCCUCUCUUAUCCGAACAUAAGGGAUACAUCACAUCCAAUAAUAUAGAAAGAAGUAAGCGGGUGCCAGUGGAAGGAUUAUCUACCAUGCUCGUAGUCCCUUAUCAGUUCCCGCACGUUCUCGAACUAAAGAACAGCAUUUCUUGCAAAGAAGAGCUUCCAACGUCUUCUGGAGGCACUCAGAGAGAGACCGAAGCUCCUAGUAUCAAUGACCGUAGGAGAAUUGAGUGCCAAUUCCCAGACUGCAAUAAAAAAAAAGGAUUUAAGAACAUGCAAACCUAUAUAAUCCAUAUGAGGAAGCAUCAAGAGUGUUCUACCAAAGGCCCACCUGCCUAUCCUUCGCAAGUAUCUGAUAUCGACUUAGCUAAUCCGGGCGUACCAUUGCCCUACGUUAUACCCCCGCCGGUCAAGAUGGAGGAUAAGGUUUUUCGAUGCCCAUAUGCUGGUUGUAAAUUAACACCGUUCAAGUCGAUAAAUACAUUCAGACGUCAUUGUGAUUCGGUCCACAGUGGGAAAGAAGCGGAAUGUCCCUUUUGUAUGCUUGAGAGAUCCGAUCGAAAGGAUGAAGAUAACUCGAAGAAGGUUCAUUUAUUCACCAGAGCCGAUGCACUGCAAAAGCAUCUCAAACGUAUGCAUCCAGUCAUUGAAAAAAACGAUCCCAGGGUUCUUGAAGUCAUGAGAAUCUUGCGGCGUGGGAACGGAAAGGGAGUAAUUUGGGAUAAAACAACUGAGCCUGCUGGUAAAGGUUUUGAAGGACGAGAUGAGAACGGCAUACUCAUUGGGGACUCUAUAACUCAAAAACGGAAACGUACAAAAGCCUGUAAGGACCAAUCUCAGAAGUUGAAGAAGGCCAAACUUCAGAAUGGCCCAAGCAAGGAAGAAUGCGAGCUUGGAAAAGUAAAAGAGGAAGAAACAAUCUCUCCCCAGCCCAGCCUAUCCUUAUCUGGCCAUUAUUACUCCAGCUUCAACUCCUCUGGUAGCUUCUCUUCCUUCCUUGAUUCAUCAUCCUCGCCCUUCCCAUCUACCAACGGGUCCACUGAGGUCGUGGUACCAUUGCGCAAAAGGCAACGGACCUCCACUGCUGCGCCAGGGAAAGGAAAAACGAGAGCCAAGGUGUCCAAACUUAAACGAGAGGCAGAUUCAGACGAAGAGAAAAUAUCUGCGAAGAGAUCAAAAUAUUUCCAUGCUAGCGAUAUACUUUUCGAGACAACAGGGGUUGUUGGUCUUGGAGAAGCUACGAAAAAGGAAGAUGUGCCAGGGUUCCUGGGCUUAGGUAAGGAGGUAGUUGGUCAAAAUGUGGCCUUAAAGUCUAAGGUCCCAGAGAGUGCGGCAGCGGGCUCUGCGUCAUCGUUUGGAUACUGUUUUUGCUGGCCUGAUGAUGGAGCGUCGUUCAAUCAUAACGCCGGGGGCCACCAGAUUCAAAGUUCUGAUACCCCAGCUAGUGCUGUAACGAACCCUGCUCUUUGGAAUAAUUGGGCAACGGAGAAUGUGGUUGAUACCGAUACCUGGCGCCCUGAUUGCCCCCAGCAAAUCUCCCGAGGGGAAACCAACCUUCCCGUCUCAAUUCAAAGCGCUAAAGUGCGAGAAUUCACCGGAAAUCAUGUUGAAAAUCCAACUGCUAUUGCUGAAGAGCAUGGCAUGCUCGUGAUGGAAGAGGAGAAUUAUAUCAACAUCAACAAUUCGGGCGCCUCCUUGGCCUCGAGCUCAUCAAUGAUCUCACAGAAUGAAGUUUCUGGAUCUUAUAAUCAACGUCCCCAUCAAGUUCAUGUAUUUGGUCUUCCUGCUGAACCGACAUCUGAGUCACAAUAUACUGACUGGCUGUCAUAUAUGCUAAAUGAUUCGUUAGUUCCUAUGGAAUAA